AUGGCCUCCUCCUCUCCUACUUCCCCCGCCGAUCACAAACUCGCCGUACUCGACCCCAAAAACGGAGCUCUGGCCGGAAAGCGGCGAGCACAGUGGGUCCGAGCAGCAAUUCUCGGUGCCAAUGAUGGGCUGCUCUCUACCGCAGCGCUAAUGAUCGGUAUUGGCGCCGCAAAGGAAGAUAGAUCGCCCAUGCUCAUGUCCGGACUCGCCGGAGCUCUUGCAGGUUCUUUUAGCAUGGCUGCCGGCGAGUUCGUUUCAGUCUCCACUCAAAGAGAUAUCGAAGAAGCAACUAAUAACUCGACCAAGCUGGUCACCUCCAACCCAAAAGAGCAAUUACCCAUUACAUCUCCGGCACGGUCUCCUGUCAUGAAGGUGAUUAGUGCCGGCGGCGGAGCCGUGAGAGAAGAAGCAUUACCGAACCCGUAUAAAGCUGCAGCUGCGUCGGCUCUGGCGUUUUUGUGUGGGUCGUUGGUUCCUUUAGCAUCAGCCAUGUUUGUUAAACAAGAUUCUGUAAGGAUGAUUGUGAUUGCGGCUGUUUCUUCGGUAGCUCUACCUGUGUUCGGAGGGAUCGGAGCCUAUAUUGGGGGAUCGCCGAUUAGGAUAUCUGGUGUUAGAGUUUUGCUUGGGGGAUGGACCGCCAUGGGUGUUACUUAUGGGUUGCUUAAGUUUUUUAACACGGAUAAAAUUCAUGAAACUCAUCAUCUUAACCAAUGA